AUGCAAAUUUUCGUGAAAACCCUCACGGGGAAGACCAUCACCCUCGAGGUUGAACCCUCGGACACCAUCGAAAAUGUGAAAGCCAAAAUCCAAGAUAAGGAGGGAAUCCCUCCUGACCAGCAGAGAUUGAUCUUCGCUGGUAAGCAACUGGAAGAUGGCCGCACAUUGUCAGACUACAACAUCCAGAAGGAGUCUACACUCCAUCUGGUGCUUCGGUUGAGGGGCGGUGCCAAGAAACGCAAGAAGAAGAAUUACUCCACACCCAAGAAGAUCAAGCACAAGAAGAAGAAGGUCAAAUUAUCCGUGCUCAGGUUUUACAAGGUGGACGAGAACGGCAAGAUCCACCGUCUGAGGCGCGAGUGCACGGGCGAGCAGUGCGGCGCCGGAGUGUUCAUGGCCGUCAUGGAGGACCGUCACUACUGCGGCAAGUGCCACAGCACUAUGGUCUUCAAGGAUGACGAUAAA